UAGGGCUCAGAGUCAGAGAUUAAACGUAGCCAAAAAAGUAGUAAAAAAAAGAAUGACGAAUGCGACACUAAAUGCUCUCAAUGUCUUAAGAUUUUUCUCUUCCCACAUUUGCACAUCCAUACAGUUAGUUACUGGAGCAAAUCACAGAUUUUUACACUGCACACUAAAUUAUUGGCCUUUUAACUUAACUUACUUCGAUUCCUAAUACAAUAAAUACAUGUUUAGUGUAUACAAAUUCUAGAAUUCUUGAUGCUCGAAGAUGUGUCUCAGAGAAACCAUUGCUUCUUGGGUUCUUACCUUUUGUUGUUUGGGGCUGGUGAAAAUUUCCCAAUCACAAGUGCCACAAGAAGAAGUGGUUGCUCUUCAACAAAUUGUCACUGAGAUGGGUGCAACAUAUUGGAAAUUCAACAGUGAUCAAUGCGAUAUUGAGAUGGUUGGGAUUUCCCCGACAUCCCCAACUGAUUCUGAGCAUUAUGUUGAUUGCAAUUGCAACUUCAACAACAACACUGUCUGCCAUAUUACCAAUAUUGUGCUUAAGAGUCUCAAUCUUCCUGGAGUUCUUCCUAUUAAUAUUACGAAGCUUCCCUACCUUCAAGCGGUUGAUUUCGCUUACAACCUCCUCAGCGGCACAAUCCCAUCACAAUGGGCUUCAACAAACUUGACUAAUAUCUCUCUUCUUGUAAAUCGCUUGUCAGGGGAGAUACCCAAGGGACUGGGAAACCUUACUACCCUCACGUACUUGAACCUUGAAGUAAACAAUUUUUCGGGGACUAUUUCUUCUGAUCUCGGGAAGUUGAUAAACUUGAGAACGCUGAUAUUAUCUUCCAACCAAUUGACCGGGCAUCUGCCAGCAUCUUUUGCAGCACUAACAAAUUUGAAUGAUUUUAGGAUAAAUGAUAACAGUCUAAGUGGACGAAUACCCGACUUCAUUCAGAACUGGAAACAGAUUCAGAGAUUAGAAAUGCAGUCAAGUGGACUGGUGGGGCCCAUCCCGUCAAAUAUCUCCGUUCUCACUAUGCUAACCGAUUUGAGAAUUAGCGAUUUAAGGAGCCCACCUCAAAAUUUUCCAUUGCUGAUAAGCGCCGCGGGCCUGGAAACAUUGGUGUUGAGGAACUGUAACAUUUCUGGAGCAGUGCCGGCUUAUAUCUGGAGAAGACUCCGAAUUCUGGAUUUAUUGGAUGUCAGUUUCAACAAGUUAGUUGGGGAGAUUCCAAAUAACAUCGCAAGAAAGCUCAAAACUGUGUUCGUGACUGGCAAUAUGCUGAGCGGAAAUAUACCCGAUGCACUCAUGAAGGAAGGAAGCAACAUCGAUGUAUCUUACAACAAUUUUACUUGGCAAGGGCCUGAUCAACCUGCUUGUCAAACAAACAUGAACCGAAGGGUGAACUUGUUCAAGAGCUCGUCAACUGCGAACAUUCUACAACAAAUGCUUCCAUGUAUCAGGAAUGUAGAAUGUCCAAGAUACAAAUGUUCGUUACAUGUAAAUUGCGGUGGUCUAGACUUGACUGUCGAAGAUGGCAGCAGACGAGUUUUGUAUGAAGGAGAUAUGGGAAGUGAUCCCGCAAGAUUUUUAAGUGAGGACAAUUAUUGGGGCUUCAUCAGCACCGGAAAAUUCUUGGACGCACAAACUCCCGAUAGCUCACGUGUAAUCCAACCCACGGCAAACAUAACUCUCCCGGCCUUGUACACCACGGCACGCCUCAAUCCUCAUUCUCUCACAUACUUCCAUUACUGCCUCGAGAAUGGGAGUUACAAUGUGAGCCUGCACUUUGCUGAGAUACUGUUCACGAGUGACAACACGUAUAACAGUCUUGGAAGGCGCUCGUUUGAUAUAUACAUCCAGAACGAUUUGGUGCAGAAAGAUUUUGACAUUGGAGAUGAAGCUAGUGGAAAUGGAAGGCCCGUUGUUAGAUCUUACAAUGCCACGGUGCGUGAUAGUACGUUGGAGAUCAGAUUGUACUGGGCUAGUAACGGGACUAAGCGGAUUCCUAGUUUCGGAGUUUGUGGCUCUCUUAUAUCAGCUAUUUCAGUAAAUCCACAUUUCAAGGUUUGUAAAGAUGGCGAGAAGAAGAAUAUAACUGGUUAUAUUGUGGGUCCGGUAAUUGCUGCCUUCACUAUUUUCUUGAUAAUGGGCAUCCUUUGGUGGAAGUGUUUCUGGAAACGCAGAUCUCGCCUAGGAAAAGAAUUCGAAGGUUUAGAACUGCAGACAGCUGCGUUUUCAUUGAAACGAAUCCGGGCAGCUACUAACAACUUUGAUGAGGCGAACAAGAUUGGAGAGGGCGGUUUUGGUCCAGUCUACAAGGGCCUGCUACAGGAUGGAACUGUGAUUGCUGUCAAGCAGCUGUCGUCGAGAUCAAGGCAAGGGAAUCGUGAGUUCCUCAACGAGAUUGGCAUGUUUUCUUGCUUGCUGCACCCGAAUCUCGUGAAGCUGCACGGAUGUUGCAUAGAAGGCGAUCAGCUGCUGCUCGUGUACGAGUACAUGGAGAACAAUAGCCUGGCUAAUGUCUUAUUUGAUUCGAACAAAAGCCAGAUGAUCCUCGACUGGCCAAUGAGGUUCAAGAUCUGCAUUGGUAUCGCGAGAGGUUUGGCCUUCCUUCACGAUGAAUCGAGGCUGAAGAUCGUUCAUCGUGACAUCAAAGCUACCAAUGUGCUGCUCGACAAAGAUCUAAACCCUAAGAUAUCCGAUUUUGGAUUGGCCAGGCUCAACGAGGACGAGAAGACGCACAUUAGCACCAAAGUUGCUGGAACAAUAGGGUAUAUGGCGCCCGAAUACGCGCUGUGGGGCUAUCUGACCGACAAGGCGGAUGUUUAUAGCUUCGGAGUCGUGCUCCUGGAAAUUGUGAGCGGGAAGAGCAACAGCAACUACAUGCCAAGCCACAACUUCAUUUGCCUUCUCGACUGGGCUUGCCACCUGCAAGAAAGCAAGCACAUCGACGAACUAAUCGACGAGAGGUUGGGAUCUCGGGUCGACAGAAAGGAAGUCGAGAGAGUAGUCAAGGUCGCGCUCCUGUGCACGAACGCAACUCCAUCCGUCCGACCAACAAUGUCCGAGGCGGUGCGGAUGAUGGAAGGGAGUCUCGCCAUACCAGACACGGUCGCGGAGGGGAGCACGGAGUCGAGGAUGAAGGCCAUGAACAACUUCCGGAAGGAGAGUCGGAUCGACACUAGCUCAUCGGGAGAUCGGAUCGAGCCUUCUAGAAUCAAUCCGAGUUUCUCCUCAUUUGCCACUGAUUUUUCUGAGAUCAGUGGAGAUAGCGUAUCACAUUGAUCGAGCCGCGAUAUGUAUAUUCAGCUCUAUCGGUGUGGCCUAGUUGGUCGAGCGAACGACCAGCCAGCGCCUUAUAGGUAUCCCUUCACUUAGAAGCCGGUUUUGUAAGUAAAAUUGGGCCUAAUAUCCAAUUCUAAUACGCCUAAAUCAAUGGAUGGAGACGUGAUGCAUCGGAACUGAAGCGAACCACCAACACCUUCAUAAGUAACUGUUGAAGGUAGCUUAACAAAGGUCAUGCUAUCAUUUCUGAUGAUGUGAUUCACAAACUAUAUUUGUUCAUUAUAUGUACUAUAUUAUCAUGUAAAAAUUGUAACUAACACUAUAUUUUUUUGGUCGGAGUUGUAUGUUGUAAAAAUUGAGUUUUUGCUGCCUUGUUGCAUGUAAUAAUAUUAACACAAAAUCUCCUGUA